AUGGCGCCGCACCGCCGCAGCGAAGACAUGGAGCUCAGCAGCGACAGCGACGCGGCCGCGCCGGCCGCUGGCUGGAGCACCGGCAGGGUCCUCGGCUGCGCGGCGCUGGCCUGUGCCGCUUGCGCCGCGGGCGGCUUCGCGGCAGGUGGCGGCGCCAGCUCGCCAGGGGGCGGCCUCGCGGCCAGGCGCGAGUUGCUGCAGGUGCUGGCAAAGCCGGCGCGGGAGAAGUGCAGCGACGUGUCCGGGGACUGCUUCGAUACGGCGUGCUGCGACGUGGCUGGCUUCACCUGCUUCGUGACGACCACGCCUGGCUCGGCCCAGUGCAUGAAGAACUGCACGCCCAGCGAGACGACGGCCUGCGCGGUGCCUGUGCCCAAGGUCGGCGAGCCGAUGUACUUGGACAACGCCGUAGCACCUGGAACAUCGAUGUAUUGCUUCUCCGUUUACAUGGCAGACACUGGUAGCGACGGCAAAACCGAGCGCCCGGACGAGCUGAACUUGCUGAAGGCGGCGUACGACAGGAAGAUAGGCAUCUUCGCGUGCGAGCAGUGGGGCAUUUUCAGCGACAAGCCAGGCGACCUGGCCCCUGGCGUGCCCUUCGUGGCGGUGGACGACGCCGAUGGGGACUUCCACAUUCUCAAGCGCAAGGAGACCGGCACCUGGAUUAACACAGGCUUGCACACACAGGUCUGGAAGGCGAUCAGGGCGGCGGGAGACUACCAGCGCGCCAGCUGGGUGGUCAAGGUAGAUUGCGAUGCGGUGUUCUUGCCGAGCCGCUUGAGGCCCUUCCUUGCCUCCCAGGGCGAGCCUGGGAGCGGUGUGCCUGGCAUCUACCUCGAGAACUGCAAAUACUGUAAGUGGGGUUGGUUCGGGAACUUGGAGAUCAUGUCGCUGACUGCCGCCCAGACGCUGUUCCCGAACAUCGAAUGGUGCAAGCAGGUCCUGGAUUGGAAGACGGGAGUGGAGGGCGGCAAGUACGGGCCGAUGGGGGAGGACCUUUUCGCUCAGAGCUGCUUGGACGCCAUGGGUGUGCGCCGCGGCGGGGCGUUCGACACUACUCUGGACGCGGCCUGCGAGGCGGAUCGCCCAGAGGACCAGAAAAAGAACAAGAAAUGGAGGCCUGACUGCACGGAGAGGAAGACCGCAGCAUAUCAUCCCAUGAUGAAGGUGGGUGAUUACGUGAAGUGCUUCGAGAAGACGGUGGAGGCAUUCGGGUACUGA